AUUUUAUCAAUCAUUCCGCGGUCACACUGUACCCACUGCGCGUUUAAAAACAAAAAAAACUCAAAUCAAUCAAAUAUGGGCGACCCAACCGAUGAUGAAAGUGGCUCUUCUGGGUCCAGUCGCAGUGGCAGCCGCAGUCGCAGCGCCACUCCGCGAGGCAGCGCGCCAGGGUCGCCACGAAGUCGUAAGUCUGGCAGCGGCAGCCCUCGAUCACGUUCCGGCUCGCGAUCAUCCCGAUCAGGCUCGGGUUCGCCCCGCAGUGCUCGGUCGGGUUCGGCACAUAGUCGCCGUUCCGGAUCCAGGCAAAGUCAUCGCUCUAGGUCGGCGCACAGUGGACGCUCUGGUUCAGGCCACAGCAAACGAGCUGACUCCGUCCACAGUAAGCGCUCUGGGUCUGCCCAUAGCAAACGAUCUGAUUCCGCUCACAGCAAGCGCUCUGGCUCCGCUCAUAGCAGACGUUCUGGCUCUGCCCACAGCAAGCACUCUGGUUCUCCCCGUAGCGCCAGGUCUCACAGUCGCAGUCGCUCCCGUAGCGCCACACCAAAGGGCAGCGGUAAUGAGGAAUCGCGCUCAAAUUCUCCGAAUCUUCAAAUUGACGAUGAACGCGCCAACUCAAAGAGCAAGAGCCGCAGCCGCAGCGGCAGUCGCACCUCUAGGUCCCGCUCCAAGACGGGAUCGCCACGUUCCAAGUCGGGAACGCCGUCGCAUAGCCGAAGUCGCAGCGGCUCUGGCUCUGGCAGCGACAUUGCUGCCCCCAAGAAGUUGGCGCGUCGGGCAAGUGGCUCUGACAAUGAGAAACGCAAAAGCGGAAGCGACAGCGACAUGGAAACCUCGCCCACAAAGGCCAAGAAGUCACGUUUGAUUGACUCGGAUAGCGAGAGCGACAAGGAGGAGGACAAGAAAGCUCCGGCCGCAGCUGACAUUUUUGGCGAUGCGGACGAUAUCACCGAUGACGAGGAGCCGCCGACCACAAGCAAAUCGCCGCGCUCGAGAAGUCGCAGCGGGAGCAAGUACCGAUCUCGUAGUCGUUCUGUGAGCCGUUCUCGAUCUCGGUCGCGGUCCAGGUCCCGGUCUCGUUCGCGAGGCCGUGCAGAGUCGCGCCCGGAAGCAGCGCCUAAGGAGCCGGAGCCAGAGCCAUUGCCCGAAACCCUCAUCAAUGUGGAAAUCCCUCGCAUAGCGGCGGACCUCGGCAAGGAGCAGCACUUCAUCAAGCUGCCAAACUUUUUGUCCGUGGUCACCCAUCCGUUUGACCCGGAGACAUACGAAGACGAGAUUGACGAGGAGGAGACCAUGGACGAGGAGGGUCGCCAGCGCAUCAAGCUCAAGGUGAGCAACACCAUCCGCUGGCGCGAGUUCAUGAACAACAAGGGGGACAUGGUCCGGGAAUCGAACGCCCGGUUCGUGCGAUGGUCGGAUGGCAGCAUGUCCCUCCACCUGGGAAACGAGAUCUUUGACGCCUACCGACAGCCGCUGCUGGGCGAUCACAACCAUCUCUUCAUACGCCAGGGCACCGGUCUCCAGGGACAGGCCGUUUUCCGCACCAAGCUGACCUUCAGACCUCACUCCACGGAGUCGUUCACCCAUAAGAAGAUGACCAUGUCGCUGGCGGACCGCUCCAGCAAGACCAGUGGCAUCAAGAUACUCACGCAGGUGGGCAAGGACCCCACUAUUUGUCGCCCCAGCCAGCUCAAGGAGGAGGAGGCCAAGCUGCGCCAGGCCAUGCGCAACCAGCACAAGGCACAGCCCAAGAAGAAGAAGGCUGGAGCAGGGGAGCCCCUCAUAGGCGGCGGCACCUCCUCUUACCAGCACGAUGACGGCAGCGACGACGAGAAUGCCAUCAGCCUGAGCGCCAUCAAGAAUCGCUACAAGAAAGGAUCUGCCGGUGGCGCGCAGCCCGAGCCCAAGGCUUCUACCAUCUACUCCUCGGACGAGGACGAAGGCUCCGACUUCGAGGCGCGCCGCAGCAAGAAGGCGGACAAGGCCAAGGCCAGCAAGGCCCUGAGGGACUCGGACAGCGAGUCCGACGCAGGCAGUGCCAAGAGCGCCAAAAGCGGCGGCAGAGCUGGCAGUGCCAGCGGCAGCGACGACGAGGCAAGUCACAAAAGCGGCACCAGCAAAUCGGGCAGUGGCAGUGGAAGUGGCAGCGGUUCCGGCAGUGGCUCAGGAAGCGACAAUGAAUGAAUUAUCGAUCGGAGCUGUCCAUUUUCUUGAUUUCUUGUAAUAAAAGUAUGAAAAUA